AUGGCGUCCGCAUCAACCCGCCGCCUCCUCAAAGAAUCAACCGACCUCCACAAAAACCCAAGUCCCUACUUCGCCGCCGCCCCAGUCAGCGACUCCAACCUACACGACUGGCACUUUACCCUCGUCGGACCUCCAAGUCCAACUCCCUACGCCAAGGGCCUCUAUCACGGCCGGAUUACAUUCCCCUCUACGUAUCCUCUCCGCCCACCUUCCUUCCGCUUCCUCACACCGUCCGCGCGUUUCGAGGUAAACCGCGAAAUAUGUCUCAGCAUGUCAGCUCACCACGAGGAAACGUGGCAGCCAGCGUGGGGUGUACGCACCGCGCUGAUGGCCAUUCGGAGCGUCGUCUUUAGCGGGGAAAGCAAGGGACAAGUUGGGGGUAUGGAAGGGAGUGAACAGCUCAGACGUGAGUAUGCAGAGCUCUCGAGAGGCUGGGUGUGUCGCGAGUGCGGGGGAUCGAAUGAGGAGCGUAUGAGGGAGUGGUGGGGGGUCUGUCGGGAGAUGGAGGUGGAGGUGGAUGUUGAAGGUUUCGAUGAGAAGCAGAUCGAAGAUCAGAACAAGGCAAAAGGAGAAGAGGGGCAGGAUGCACAGAAUCCUGCGCCGGUGCCCGCCCCCGAGUCGGAGAAACCGGCAUCAACGCCUCCAGAUGCUUCUGCCGCUGCAUCCGCACCUGCGCCAGAACCAGCACCAGCGCCAGCAUCAACCUUUGCUCAGACACCUACGCCUACAUCUCCAGCCCCAGCUCCGGCUGUGAAUCCAGCAAGAUCAGUACCGGAAUCAUCUGCUUCUACGGAUGUCGAGUCGCGUCCUCGGGCCACGCCGACUAGGCCUGCCAUCGCAAUUUCUCCAGAAAAUAGCCCGUGGCUGGACCGGGCCAUUGUCUGUGUCGUUGUUGCGCUAGUCAUUCUGAUUCUCCGCCGGACGAUAGACAUCGAUGACCUAUAG